UCUUAUGUUCAAAUUCGACUUCGCAAUCUCAUAGAUAGCUUCGUUGUCGAGCAUAAAGGAACAGUCAGAAUGUUCGAGAGUGGUGUGCGUGGUGAGCAAAGAAUUGUACGGCUCCACCAUUGCUACAUAUUUUCAAGUGAGAGGCUUCAGUAUCACUGCUAAAGGAAGAGCAACCAAGCUUGGUUCCUCCUUUAUAAGCCCUCAAUCUCUCUAG